AUCUUGUGUGUGAUAAUGCCUGGAAGGUCCAUAUCGCUAAGUUCUCCUUACUGGUUGGAUUAAUCUUUGGCUACCUAAUAACUGGAUGCAUUGCGGACUGGGUUGGCCGGCGGCCGGUGCUCCUCUGUUCCAUCGUCUUCAUUCUGAUCUUCGGCCUGACCGUGGCCCUGUCUGUGAAUGUGACCAUGUUCAGCACACUCAGGUUCUUCGAAGGAUUCUGCCUGGCUGGGAUAAUCCUCACUUUGUAUGCGUUAAGAAUAGAGCUGUGCCCCCCCGGAAAACGGUUCAUGAUCACCAUGGUGGCCAGCUUUGUGGCCAUGGCAGGGCAGCUCCUCAUGCCCGGGCUGGCGGCCCUGUGCCGGGACUGGCAAGUGCUGCAGGCUCUCAUCAUCUGCCCCUUCCUGCUCAUGCUGCUCUACUGGUCGGUCUUCCCCGAGUCCCUGCGGUGGCUGAUGGCUACUCAGCAGUUUGAGGCUGCUAAGAAGCUGAUCCUGCACCUCACAGAGAAGAACCGCAUGAGCCCUGAGAGUGACAUCAAAGGCGUGAUGCCCGAGCUGGAGAAGGAGCUGCCCCGGAGGCCCAGGAAGGUCUGCAUCGUGAAGAUGGUGGGAACCCGCAACCUGUGGAAAAACAUCGUGGUCCUGUGUGUGAACUCGCUGACAGGGUACGGAAUCCACCACUGCUUCGCCAGGAGCAUGAUGGGCCAUGAGGUGAAGGUGCCACUGCUGGAUAACUUCUACGCUGACUACUACACCAUGGCCAGCAUCGCCCUGGCCUCCUGCCUGGCCAUGUGCGUGGUGGUCAGGUUCCUGGGGCGCCGGGGAGGGUUGCUGCUCUUCAUGAUCCUCACUGCCCUGGCCUCCCUCCUGCAGCUCGGGCUCCUCAACUUGAUCGGGAAAUACAGCCAGCACCCGGACUCAGGUAUGAGCGACAGCGUCAAGGACAAAUUCUCCAUCGCGUUCUCCAUCGUGGGCAUGUUUGCCUCCCACGCGGUGGGAAGCCUCAGUGUGUUCUUCUGUGCGGAGGUCACCCCCACGGUGAUACGGUGCGGCGGGCUGGGGCUGGUGCUGGCCAGCGCGGGCUUCGGCAUGCUCACCGCGCCCAUCAUCGAGCUGCACAACCAGAAAGGCUACUUCCUGCACCACAUCAUCUUCGCCUGCUGCACGCUCAUCUGCAUCAUCUGCAUCCUGCUGCUGCCCGAGAGCCGCGACCAGAGCCUGCCCGAGAGCCUCUCCAACGGCGAAAAUGAAGACUUCCCCUCCCUUUCAUGUCAGGCUUUCUCCACCUGA